AUGGCACAGGCAUCGUCAGUGAGCAUCCACAAUAUCACCUUCGCGCACAACUUCGCGACGGAGGCGCUCAAUGCCGCGACGCCCUAUGUCAACUUCUCCGAGUUCGGCUACCACGGUGGCCAGCUGCCCAAGGUCUACGCCCUGAACCAAUCCAGCCACGGGGUGGACUACCUGCCCGAGGAGAGUUUUGCGGAGUUCCGGGGCAUCAUCGCCGGCACAAACAACGCCAGCGCGGCGUUCAGCGCGGAGCAGGAAGCUCUGGUCGGGACCUCCUCUAGCACCACCACCACCACCAAGCGCACCACUACCAAUGCCAUCAGCAUGCUUCUGCGCAAUUCCGUGGGCGAGGGCAAUACCUACGCUGUCAAGGCCAACCACAAGAUUUGCCAUACUGGGACCCAUGCCCCGUGGCACUACGUUGUCAGCGAUGCCUGCAACGGCAGCAAGGACAGCUUCAAUCCAGUCUGUGACUACUACGAUGAUCCCUCCGAGGUCUGCGUCUUCAACUUUAGCCCCAAGUCCUUCCGCGUUUACUCGGGUUGCCACCAUAGCUAUGGCUGGGGUGAUGGCUGUGAGGCGCACACUCUGUGA